AUGGCGCCGGCAGAUGGGUACUCGGCGCCGGGCGUCGCUUCGUACGACUCCAACACGAUGACAGUCGGCGACGGCACCUGGGACUUUGAGAAGAACACUUUUCUGCUGCCCAACUUAGUCGGCCUCAACUUUGAGACAAUGCAGUACAAUGGCAUGGGCAACCGCUUCUCGACUGUCGCUCAGUACCAUACUCUAGUACUCGCCCACGGCGUUAUGGCCGCUAUCAUCUUCCUCCUGAUCGUUCCGGUAUCCGUGUUCACAGCCCGCUUCUACACGGCGAAGCCCGGUUACGCGAUACCCUACCACGCUCAACUGAAUAUCCUUGCCGUGCUUAUGCUCAUUGCCGUCUUUGUCUUGGGCUGGUUUGCAGUAGGCCCCGAACGAAGUUGGACUAACCCGCACCACGCCAUCGGCAUAGCGAUCUUCGUCAUGUUCCUACUCCAGAUUAUCGGCGGCCGACUUGUGCGACACAUCCGUGGACGCUCGAUCCGCAAGAUGUUUCAUCGCUGGAGCGGGAGACUUAUUGCGUUGCUCGGCAUCAUCCAGGUCCCUCUCGGCCUGACGCUCUAUGGCUCUCCCAAGUGGACCUUCAUUAUCUACUCCCUUUGGGUGGCUUUCCUGUUGCUCGUCUACUUCAUCCUUAGUUAUCGUGCCGAGGGCGCUGAUCGUGGUCGCGAUGUCUAUGUCAGUGGAGGCCGCUCUGAGGGCCCGAGCGGCGUUACCGAUUCAGAGUACUACAGCGAUGUAUACACCGAGAAGUCCAAGGGCCGCAAAUGGUUGGCGCCUCUCGCGGCUGGUGCUACUCUCGCAGCGCUGUUUAGCCGCAAGAAGUCCAAGGAAAAGGAGAAGGAGCUCAGUCGGGAAAGAUCGAAGUCAAGGAGCCGCAGCCGCGGACCAGAGGUCAUCGGUUCCAGGCGGGGCUCAGCAAGUUAUCUUACCUCCAGAAGGGGCUCAGAUACCUACCUCGAAGACGAAAAGUUCACCGAAGUGGACUCCCGACGGGAUGGCAAGAAGUCUGGUGGCGGUUUCAUGACGAAGCUGUUUGGCGUUGGCGCAGCCAUUGGCGCCGGCAAGCUGGUUUCCAACCUCAUGAAGCGAAAGGAGAAACGGACGUACGAUGAAGAAUACUCCGCGGUAUCAGCAGAGACCCCAAGGCGACGCCCAAGCCGGAGCUACCCUGCUACCAGUGAAUACACUGAUUACACCGACUGGACCGAGGAUACCCCGCCACCUAGACGUGGACCACGCGAUGGUUCCAUCCUACCACCCCCUGGAGGGCCAACAGCCGCAGCCGCAGCUCUUAGUGCUGCCGAACCACGAACCAACCGACCCCCACAUGCAAGAACACGAUCGCAGUACAGCUUCGAGGACUCGGAAUACUCAUCGUAUGUCAGCCCGUCUAGACGGAGAGACGACCCACCCACCGGCCCCGCAGGUGGGGCCGGAAAGGGCAUCCUGGCCGGCUUGGGCCUGGGAUGGUUCGCUAAGAAGCUGGCCGACCGAAGGUCUAAACGCGCAGAGGAGCAGAGACUCCGAGAUGAAGAAGAAAUGAGAUCAGGAAUUACUGGUUCAAGGUACACGGGAGACGGCUUCUCAUCUCCGUCACGAGACCGGAGGGGCUCCCGCCGUGCCAGUGGACGGCGUCCGAGACCGCCCAUGUCGGCUUUGAGUACCGAGAUCACCCAGCUAACUGAAUCUUCCGAGUUGGAGCCGAGACCUCCGGGCGCAGGCUACGGAGGGCCACCAAUGCCACCCCUAUCUGCUGGACCUCCACCACCUAUGACGCCCACCGGACCUGGUGGGCCCUCUAUCUACCCUGUCGGGCACUCCCAAACAACAUCAAGACAUGAUGUUAUAGACUCUGUCAGCAUGCCGUCAAUGCCUCCCGACCCAGCAGGCAUACUCCACCGUGAGUCUGAGAGCGAAGUCUACAUGUCACCUAGCGGACGACCUCGUCGACGAGACUCGUCCAAGCGCAGGAGAGCCGGAGAAGAGGCGGCGGCUGCAGCAGUCGCGUCGGCUAGUGCGCUCGCAGCGGCAGAGGACCGGCGCCGCGCCCACUCUGAGCGCUCGCAGCCUGUGAGCGUCAAAGUCAGAGUUCACGAUGACAAGGACAGAAACAUCACGCUGCGGAGGUUGACGGAAGAGGAGGCCGCCGCCAACAGGCGCGGCGAAAGCAGGAGGAGGCGCGGCUCACUAAGCAGUUUAUCCGGAAUCGAAGUGGGUAGCGGCCGAAGAUACCGCCGCGACUCAAGCCAGAGACGAGCCGAAUCAGCGGCGGAGCACGCGGCCGAAGCUGGAGAUCCCCUGCCGCCGCCGAAUCCCGCAUUUGCCGCGGGCAGGAAACCAAAGGACUCGGCGUACUACUCCGGAGGCCCACCAGUCCAAUCGACGCCGAUGGCCGGUCCCACGGUCUCUAGCAUAGGCAGCGAGAACACUCAUGGUACCUGGAGCCAAAUGAGCCCCUCGCCCAGCGCACCGCAGACUAACCCUGUUGGGUCCGCAGCAGCUGAUAACCGGAGGAGGAGGAGACAGGAGCGCAGGCGGAGCAGCGCGAGCCGACCGACGGGGGCGGACAUGUUCGAUUAA